GGCAUUGCCAUCGUUACCAUCGCUGUCAAACAUGGUGCGUCUGAAACACCGGUAUGUUUUGGUUGAAAUAUUAUGGAAAGACUGGCAAAAUCCACGCAUUCACCAGCUUCCCGUCACUGAAAAAGACAUCUACGCGUGCGUGAGGAAUGCUGUGCAUUUCCUGCACGGGAAUUUCGGUCUCGGCGUCACGAAGUUUAACCUCGCCAUCAAGUUCUUCAACCCCCUCACACGUGUCUUUUUGCUGCGGACCCGCAGAGGCGCGCACACUUUGACUUUGUCAGCACUUCCAUUUGUGAAGAAGGUCAAGGACGAAGCGGUGACAUUGAGAGUUCUGAGGCUCACAGGAACCAUCAGGUCAUGUUUGAAAUACCUGAAGAAGUACGACUGUAGCGUCAUGCAGAGUGUCUUGAACAGGUGCGACAGCGUCGAAGCAAAACGUGAAGUCAAGGAAAAGAUUGCCCAAGUGUACAACUUGCUGCAGACAAAAGGUGGCGUGCGCCCAAGCUGAAUACAGAAGUUCAGCUGCC